CUUUGUUGUGUAGGUCAGAAAAAGAGAAAGACUAUACUAUUAAAUAAUAGCUUCUACUUUUAUCACGAGAUUGACGUGUCAUGGUCACGCGGAGUUGUGGCAUUGCAAAUUGUUAUAAUGCUAUGAAGGCCUAAUUGUUUUCAUAGCUAUUUCACGCGCCUAUUACCCGAUUGAACUAGAUUAUAAAGGAGGCGGGCUGCUUCGACACUGCCUCCUAUCGGACGCGUCGCACGCAUUGGAGACCCUUCUAUCACCAUGCCUGGAUGGCAACAUGUGGGUUCAGGUUUUUCUGGAAUGAAAAAGUUUCAGAGACUUGGUGCAAUUCAAAGAGAGCUUUCAAAGUCUGGAGAAGCUUCUGUUGACAUUAAAACAGACAAAACUCCAGAGAAGAGCAAAUGGAAACGUAUUGUUGAAAAAAUCCAUGGGAGAAGUCGUAGGGCGGAGGCUGAUGAUAGUAACGCAAAGAAAACCACCCAUGGAUCAGGUAGCUGGAAGCAAGAGAAUCUUUUAUCUGCGUUUAGUAGAACACAUGAUAAUACUCCAGACAGGCUGACCCAGGAGAGUGAAGCGAUCAGCUGGUCAGACAGUUCCUCAGAGGAGGAGACGGCAUGUGUGCGUGAUGCAGCGAGUGCAAACUCUCACAAAAGGAGGUUCUCGGAUGCCUUGAGUAAAGUUGGAAGUCAUGAACAAACUAAUUCUGAACAUUCAGGGAAAGCUUCAAAAGAUAGUUUAGCACCAAAUGUUUCAUCUCACACCGAUAAUCAAAUUCUGUUGAAAAUGUGUAGCCAUGGCUCAAAGGGACCAUGUUUUCCCUUCCACAAAAAAUCAAAGCAACAGAGCUCAUCGAAUUGCCCUUCCCAUUUAGUGGUGCCACAGAAAGAGCUCUCCAGUUCAGAGGAUGUAGACAUUAUCUCGCAAAGUUCUAAAACUUCUGAAGACACUAAUGUCACUCAAGAACAAUUAUCUGUUUCACAAAGACAAGAAUCAGUUACGACUAUCAAAAAUGUGAGUGAGAAGAGACAUCCGAAUAGUGUCAGUCAUAAAGGUGGGGCCACCAAACUUCACAGUAACACAAAAGUGGAAUUGUCUUCAAGGGUGGAGAGUAAUUUUGCCAAACGACCUCGACUGGUGGCACGCAAGCUGUAUACUCGCCAUGCUGAGCCAAUUGACGGAGGAAUCUCAGAUAUAGAGUCUGAGGCUGAGGCAAAUGAUUCUGAGGAUGAGGAUGGUCAGUCUGUUGUCAGUGAGAGAAGUGAGGCCUCAGAUGUUGCUGCAGCUCUUCAAACACUCGCUGGCAGUCUCUCUUCGUCUCAACAAAUUGACUCCGGGUCUUCACCUGCAUGCAGUGGCAACCAGUCUUUGGAACCGGGAACAUCAACACAAUAUCAAAUCAGGCCUCGAACACCCCCUGACAUGACCUGUGCAUUGAUCAGCCCCCCUACGUCCCCCGUCACUGAAGGCAUCAGAGCCAGUGAGUGGGUGAUGGCUGCUUAUAAACACAGAACACCUGACAAAGACUCGGAGCAGACGGACCAAACUGGUCAGGACUCGGCCAAAAAGAAGAGCAAGUUUGUGAAGGGUAGUCUUUCUGGCCAACUUUCUCGACUGAUCAACAGAGAGAAGUCAGCAGUGAGGUUUUGGUACCAUUCCCUGAAGGCUGGAACUGUUGAUCAAAACAACCCUAAAGCAAUAACUGUGAAGCUGUUGAGCAUGAAGCGUCAGUUUUCCACAUUCGUGUGCCAGAGUAAAGUUGUCAAUGAAGCACAAGACAAGCCAGAGGUUUGCAAAGUUGUCUUUCUCUCUAAUACUGUCGAGAAGCUUGGACUGAAGGGGGAAGGCUCUGUUGUGCAGAUAUUUCCUCCGUGGCAGCAGCUCGAAGAUUCGUUGGGUGUUCGGACGCUCCUGUGUACGCAGUAUGUGCGUGUUUUGUCACACGCUGAGACUUCUCAGGCUGCUGUUGACAAGGAGUUGAACAAGGGCAGUGUGACUUUUCGGGCGGUGUGGAAAUGUCCAUGUGCUGAAGGUUCCGGUCAGAUUAUUGCCAAGUGCCCCGCUGCUCUGGACCCAGCUGUGCCUGGAGAGAACCCGUUGUGGGGACAGGUCAGACGAGAGUUUAGUUUCCGCCGUCAUGGCCCCAGCCAGCACAUGAGAUCACACCUUGUGAAUACUUCGUCUGUACAAACUUUGACAACAACAACACCAGGGCGUUCUGUGGAUAGUGGAACCUUGCUGGACAGUCUGGAGAAAGUCGUCGACGGAGACUCCAUGCUUCUGCCUCACUUCUCCGCCACUGUGCUGAGAGUGUUUGAGCAUUGUGGCGCGCGAGCUGGCUGUCACAGGUAUGAAGUUUUAUUAGAAGACAGCAUGGGUACUCUUGCAUUGAUACGAGAUGUGGAUGAGGGACUCACGCAGGCAGGUGUGCCCUUAACUCACCUGGAGGAAAGCCUUUGUUCCUGUGAGGGUCUGACUGUGUCUGGCUGCAUAGAUGAGGACCGGGAGCCAGCUCUGUUCAGUGUUGUUGCUCAGGCUUGGAGGCAGAAUGGUCGGAACCUCCGAGAUCCGAACAGACAAAAAAUGGCUUCACAGGUCAGUUCAAGAUGCCCAAGGUUCUGCCACGUCCUGAAGUGUCAGGCAGGAAAUCGACUUGACCUGAAAGUUGUCAAUGCAAAUGAAGGUCUCAGCAGUGUUAAGGAUGGGAGUGGACGUGGCUGUUUGAUGCUAAGUCCUAUGUUGACGGAGGAAGAUGUUUUUCAGGCAGACGUUCCGGCUCGGGUUUCCUUCCUUGCACAUGUAGUGUGUCCCCGACGCAGUUUGUCUCAGCAGCAGGACAACCAAGCUCCCAAUGUGUACGUUCUACUCCUGUCUGGAUCAGGCUCUGCCGUCUUCUCCUCUCACAGGCUGGAGGUGACAGUCGACUGCCACGGAGGAGGACAGGAGCUGGUGAAGUCUGGCCCGCCAGAACUGUUCUUCUUCAGGGAUGUUCUCAAUAACACUGGAAAAUUAAAGUGUGACCAGUACACUCUGGCUCUCAAACGGUCAUUGUGGGAAUCGUGGGGUUUGAACUCCAGACUGACUGGUCAACUGCUAACUUAUGUGGAGACUCCGCAUGUGAAACUUGCACCAGUCACAGCUGGAAGUGUUUGUGGAUCUUUGACAAGUGUACAAGGUACUGUCUCCGAUGUGGAAAAGAGUUCUGCGUGUGUGUGGGACCUGUGCAACAUCUGUGGAGGUGACCAACUCUACAACCAACAGAACUGUGACAGUUUGUGGUGCUCAGUGUGUCAACAGUCAGUGCUGUGUCCAGUGGUCAGAAUGAAGAUGGUGGUUCAUGUCCAGAAUGCAGACCUGCCGCACAACACUGUCGUCAGAGUUAAUCUCCUACAGAAAUCAAUUGAGUCGUUGUUGCCUCAAGACCGGAGUCAAGAGGGCUACGAUGUAAAGCAAGUAUCCGGUCGGAACAUCUCCUUACCAGUUUGCCUGGUGCAGCAUAAUGAGUGGACGUCACAUGGUGUUGGCGGAAGUGAGACACAGAAAGAUGCCGAGAUGUUAUCACACAACAAAGAUGACCAGAAUGGUAGCAGAUUGAUUUGUCUCUUAGAGAUGGAGUGGGGAUGAAGUCUCGGGGCUGCUCGUCAUCACGGAUUUGGCGUACUUGUCACGAUUUUUGUUGUUUUUCAAAAAUAUGAUCGUAAAACCCCUGAUUCCGAUUUUUUUAAAUUUCGGCUAUCCCAACUCACUGCCAAACUUCCCGGUGUGUAAGGGGAAAAGAAGUAUCAGACCGGGACAGUCUACGUCACCACGUCACGUGCAAAUGUCUAACUUUAGGAUCCUGUUUGUCUUGAGCUGUUGUAGUCGCUCAGUGCCACUUUGCCCGUAGAAAAUCAUUAUAAUAAAUGGAAGUGUCUCUCGAGACCAGGAUCCUGGUCCACGGAGACACCCAGUCUAGGGGACCAUGAAAACAUUUUGCUUUGCGCAUGCGUGACCUCACGAGCCAUUUCCUUCUGCUUCCAAGUGUUGUCAUUUCGUUUUCCCGAAAUGGCGAGGACGGUUGCAUUGGUGGCAAUCGAGACUUAAAAGUAAAAGACAAGAUGCAAUCUAGAUCUAGGCCUAGCACGGGCCGAAUGGUGAAACACACGCGCACAAAAAAUAUAAUUGAACUUCGUAAUCGGGCGUUAAAUAGCGUUCAUUGUGUGAAAUUUGCAAAAUUUGCUGAUCACAAAAAUCUUAUUAUUUUUUUAAUUUGGUCAGUAUUUAGGAAAUUUUUGCCCCUCCCCCACACACUCACUUUUUUUCU